AUGAUGGCCACCCAACCCCAAUACAGACCCCUCGACUUCUACUCCGGGCCGCUGGUGUGGAUUGACUGCGAAAUGACUGGGCUUAAUCCUCGCAAGGAUAAAAUCAUAGAGAUUGCGGUCUUGAUCACGAACGGAAAUUUGGAGCUCGUAGACGAUGGAAUAGAGUACAUCAUCAAGACGGACAAAGAACUCUUGGAUCAGAUGGAUGAAUGGUGCACCAAUCAACAUGGUUCUUCUGGCCUAACGCAAGCAUGUAUCAACUCACCACACACGUUGGACUUCGUGUCAAAGGAAGUCGUGUCCUAUAUCAGGAAGUGGAUCCCCCAGCAGCGCGCAGGCGUCCUGGCCGGCAACUCGAUCCAUGCAGACCGGGGGUUCCUCGUGGAGGAGAUGCCGGAGGUGACAGACUGGCUGCACUAUCGGUCUCUGGAUUGCUAUCCUAAUGUCGCACAUUCAUUAACCGUUAUCCCAACAGAUGUCUCGUCUAUUAAGGAGCUGGCCCGUCGAUGGUAUCCGGGCCGUACUCCCCCAAAGCAAGAAAGCACCCAUAGGGCUCUUGAUGACAUAAGAGCCUCAAUACGAGAACUUCAAUGGUACCGAGACAACCUGUUCGUGCCGCCUACCCCGCCGAAGCCCUUACCCGCGGCCAACGACACAAACCCGAAAGAGCAACUCUAG